AUGAGACCGCUCUCCGCAUACGAGGCCGUCAUCGCCUCUCGGGCAGAACACGACAUCUACUACGCUUUCUGCGUCGCCGCAGACUACACCACGCCGCUCUCAAGGGACGCCAUUCUGGCCACCCUGGCCGUGCUGUGCCGCCGGUUCCCCCAUUUCUCCCUGCAGGUCGAUACAAGCACGGUGCCUCCACGGUGCACAUGCAUGCCGAAGUGGGAUCUGGCAAAACAACCCGGACUCGUUGACGUCUUCUCCGGCGCCGACGACGACGUGACUCACCCGAACACGGUCGAGGCCAUUCUCAAGCACUACAACGACGUCCCGGUUUUCAGGUACGCCGACAAGGACACGCCGUUGUGGAAGGUGGCCCUACUGGAGAAGACCAACACGCUCUUCUUCGUCACCGACCACGUCUACUUCGACGGCACUGCUGCAAAGAACUUCCACGUGCUCUUCGACGAAGCGCUCACGCAGACCCGCCAGCCGGGCGCGGAACGUUCUCUUCUUGUCGACACCAGCGUCUUCGACACGUAUCCAGACCCGACCGUGCUCAUGAACUUCGAUCCUGCCGCCAAGCCUGCUCCUGCCUCCACCCCGGAUGCUCCGACGCUGUUCCCUGUCCUGGACGAGAAGAUCGCUGCGGCGCAGCCUCUCCCGGCACACAACUCCACCAUUGUGCACCUCUCCGCCAAGGACUCGCAGGCCCUGGUCAACAGGGCCCGGGCGAACAACACGAAGCUCACGGCCCUCUUGUACGCCGUGGCAGCCAAAUCGGUCGUCCCGCUGGUCGACAAGGUUGCAGUGGCUGCCUCUGGGGCCAAGCUGAAGGCCAUGAUUCCGAUUAACACAAGACCGCUGGUCACUUCGUUGCCGCAGAAUUCGGACGUGCUCCAGUUCGGACUCAUGUUCGGCAAGUACUUUGCCAUCGAAGACCCGGCCACGGUUGUCCAGAGCACGCUCGAGCAGCUUUCAGCAAGCUUCCAGAGCCGGUUGCAGGCCAACAUCCCGCAUGCUGCGGACGGCUACGAGGUGUUUGAGGCAGACGCCAGGAAGAACUUCCAGCUUGUGGACGAGUCCAUGGCCUCGCUCUACGAGAGGAACCUCUCUCCAAAGACAACGUUGGCGAUGUCGAACCUGGGGGUGUUGAAGAGCGCCUCGGGCCACGUCGGCAAGGUGUACUUCGACCAGCCGAUGGUGGACGCCUGCUUCGGUGUCCACUUCUGCUCCAGCUCCGAGGCAGGGCUCUCCAUCACUCUCAACUCGCAUAGGGCGGUCCCGAAGGACGUCUAUUUACAGUUUGUGAACAGCUUCACCUCCUAUAUAGCCUCUCUCGUUCUAUAG